UUCGGGUCGGCUGAAGUCGCCAUUUCAAAGCGUAAUAGGGACAGGGUGCACGGUACAAAUUUUUUUACGUUUCUAUUUUUCUAUGCAUAUUAUUAAUUUUUUAAGUAUUUAAAGAAAAAUAAACAGUAUUUCGUUUUUUUCUGGACCUUCCUCGCCUUACUACAACAUAGAGGUUGGCAACAAUGGCAGACACAGAACAGGUGACAGAAACAACACAAACCUCCCAAGAUGCAUCUGAGGAGUCCAUAUCAGAGAGCAAAGCCAGGGGUCGCGGGUUCAAAGGUCAAGGCCGAGUGGGUCGGAUGGGCCGGGGAUUUCGUGGUGGGCGGGGCAUGAUGACGAAAGGCUUUGGUCCCCCUGGGCGUGGCAGGGGCCGAGGGCGGGACAUGCUCAUGAACGGAUUUGGGCCUAUGAGGAGAGGGAUAGGAAGGAUGCGCCCAUACCCAGACUUCAGGGGUAGACGUGGAGGAAGGGGCGGGCCCAUGCACAUGGGUCCUCCGCCUCCCCCGCCCCCUCCCUUGCACCUCAGAGGGCCCUACCCACCCAUGCACAGACAUGGCCCCCUUCCCCCCCUGGGACAUCCAGGGUUCCGAGGGCGACCCCCUCACCUGCGUGGACGGGGUAUGCCCCACGGGCCCCCUCGACCCUUCCACCCCAGAGGCCCACGAGGCUACCACAAUGGACCAGCUUCUCCUCCGCGACACCCACCACCUGGUAGAGGCCAGAGGUGGCCAGGGCCCCCUGGUGGCCGACGCUUUUAACGCAGCCUGACCCAAAAAUAAAUAAAUAAGUUACUUGUUUUGUAGCAAGGUGGGGUGUAUAGGGGUGGCUACACACAUAGCCCCCAUAUGUGUGUCAUACAAAGCCGACCUUUUUAAACACAAUGUGAAACACUUCCUUUAGCCAAAUGCGUAUUGAUAUUGUAUAAUGGCGGAGAAUAGGUGAAACAGACUACAAUAAGUGAGGACACUUAAAAGGCCUCAUACAGUGUAAAACCGUUGUUUAUUGUAAAUUCUGUUAUUAGAAGUAAAAACAUGAGCUUGUUUCGUAAAAUAAAAUGUACAGUAAAUAUUAUAGAAAGAAACACAUUGGAAUGAUUAUUACCCAAGAUGAAGGUGUCAACAUUUCCGUUCUUUAGAUGUCCUCUGAUUCUUGUGAUCACCCUGUGAGCCUUAAAAAGUAUUUUCCGACCCUCAGUAGAGAGUUCUAGAAGUGUACCACAGUAUGUGUCAGUGAGAGGGGAAAGACGUGAGAGAAACAAAUAAAGGAUACCAGAGAGCACAAACAGCCCUCAAGCAUCAGUGUACAGUAACUGUAGUGGAUGACUCCUUGGACCUCCCUUUCCUUCUGGACAUAGUUUGGACAUUACUGGACAUAGUUUUGUAUUACAUUACUUCACAAACAGUACACUAUCACAACAAACGCUGUGUAGACUCACCUACACAUUUUGUAAGUGAAAAGAUUAUAUUGGACAUUCAUGCAUUCAUGGCUCCUAUACGUGCUACUUUAUAUCAUUAAUGUGCAGCUAUUUUAAGUUAAUACAUAUAUUGCUGUUUGGAACAUGUUUGUGUUCAGCAAUCUACAGUAUACUAUGGAAUGACAAAAAUAAAAUCUAUGAAUAUAAAUGGAUACUAUAUUGAACAAAUAUAUAUAUAUAUAUAUUAGUAUAUCUCUAUUAUAUUUGAAAGCAAAUGACAAAAGUAUUUGCUUCAUUAUACCAUAAGAUACUAUUUCUUGUGUUUAGUUUUGAAGUGUUAUUACCUUUAUGUAAUUGACUUAACUUACAAUUUGUGAAUUUGUGAAUGUGCUUUUUGAAAACCGUCAACAGUUUUGACGUAGUCGUGAGAGAAAGAAAAAUAAAACUAAACCUAAACUGAACUGUAUUCUUUUUACUGGUUAUUCAAAGUCACAUUCUGAGCAUCGCCUCAGUGUCACCCUAAAGCAACCGUACAACUAUGUAAUGUUGAUUGACGAGAACAAAUGUAUAGGAAGAGAAUACAGCUACACAUAAAUAUUGCUGUUGUUGUCCUGAUGCUUCCAUGAAAGCUAAGCAAAUUCUAAAACACUGCACAUCAUUUAUGAGUGUUCUGUAUCCAUUAUAUAUCUGCAUUGCUGCACACAUAUACACUUGAAUACACAUCACCAUAUUUGUUAAAAAGAAUUUGGAGGACCAAGGCCGUUAAGGGAAUUUAAAUCUGUACUGUAGACAUAAGAUGGGUCUAUAAAAUAUGUUAUGAUAUUUUAGCUGUGCUGAGGGCUGAGGUUAACAGCAACCACAAAUUUUGUAUGGAACUACUCUGAGGACCACAGUUUGUAGGGUGUGUACAUUUGAAACAGGAAAGACCCGCCACUCUACAUCUGUGCUGGAAAUGUACUCCCGCCUAAAUGUACAAAACGUUAGGCUACAGCAUCUCACAACCAGAAUUGGAGUGGUAGUCUGUUUAAAAGGAGGACAUCUUCAUCCCCAUAUGAAUCGUGAUAUAAUAUAUUGCCAUUUUUAGGAAUUAGAGCAUGACUUAACUACAUAUCCCAGGAACAGUCAAGUGGUUUAUAGUGUCAUGGUAGUGCUCCAACCUAUCCAUAGGGUCUCUGUUUUAUAUUUCUGAUAAACGAUGCCUCUAUUUAUCCUCAAUUGUUUUGAUCUCUUUUGACUUUUUUUCCCAAUCUUGUCCCAGUCUGUUGCAAUGCAUGCAGUUGCAUGUAAAGGUGCAAUAUGUCCUACACACCCACAGCAGGAUAGGGUCGUCUGCAUGACAUGAAAUGAGAAAUAGUGAUGUUUUAUUUGAGAAUACCUUUCAUAAUGAAAAUUGCACAGAUAUGUCAUGGUAGAAACCCUCCUGAAACAGAGUCUCUAGAAAAUGAAAAGAUUUUUUUUUUCCCUCUGCCAUAUCCACAACUAGAUAACAACCAUAGGAAAAGUAGAGCACAUCAUGUAUCCAAUGACUCACAGACACACUUUAUUUGGUACCCUUACGGCAGAAGACAUCAACGGAGGCUAACGUCUAGUCCAUUAGCAGCACACACACACGCACACAUACCACGCCACAGAAGCCCACUGCAGGUGUUGCACUUUUUUCUCUCUGUCCAUCUUCCCCAUCAAUAAAUAAGUGCUUCCUUCCCUCCCUCCCUCCAGUCUCCUUCCCCUGCCCAGCUGCUAUCCUCUUACAAUGAUGAUCACUGACUGACCUUCUUUGUGUCCUGAAGGAUCCAGACCAAGCUUCUCUCUCCCCCCAUCCCCUCUCUCCCUGUGUAGUGAUGUGCUGUUUUAUACCCACUCUUUCUCCUCUAAGGUGAGACCCAUCUUGUGCCCAUCUCUCCCUCCCUCCAUCCCCAACUCCCUGCCCCCCCC